AUGUCAAGAGAAGCUCAGUUUAUGGAUAGGUUUCUAAAAAAGAGGAGAACCUCAGUGCAAGAUGAAAAUGUUGGUCCGUCACACGAACAUAAUCAGAACGAUGGCUCAGUUCCGCCACCAUCGGAUGGACAAAUUGAUGCAUCACCACAUGAACAGACUGAUGUUCCAGCCCCGCCAUCACCACAUGGACAAAAUGAUGCCUCCACACAUGAACCUAGUUCUGCCAAUACUACAAGGAAUUCAUCUCAAGUUGAAGAGAUCAAUUGGGAAGAAGAAAUUCAGUUUGAUCCAGGUAAAAGGAGAAGCAUAGACGAGUACCAUCCCAAUCAGAGAGAUAUGGUAAGAAGGAAGUAUUUGGCCAAUGGCCCUUGUCAACCUCGUACUGCUGAUUUUGAAGUGACAGAAAUAUGUGGUAAAGAUAGAAGGUUCGUUCGGGAAUGGUUUGAUGAGUUUGGGAGCUGGCUUGAGUAUAGUGAGUCCAAACGAAAAGCAUAUUGUUUUUGUUGUUUCUUGUUUAGACCGCGCAAGAAGAAAGAAGCCGGAUAUGAUGCAUUUGUUGCAAAUGGUUGGUCAAGUUGGAAUAAAAAAUAUAGAUUAAAGGAGCAUGUAGGAGACAUCAAUAGUGCUCACAACCAAGCAAAAAGAGAUUGUGAUGCUUUGCUGAAACAAAAGCAACACAUCUAUGUUGCUCUAAACAACCAAAGUAAUGUUGAGAGGAAUGCUUAUUAUACUCGACUAAAUGCCUCAAUUGAUGUUACUAGAGUGUUACUGAAGCAAGGGUUGCCUUUCCGUGGCCACGAUGAGUCUGACGAGUCUCUCAAUAAAGGUAAUUUCAAGGAAUUGCAUGCUUACACAGCAGAGCAGAAUCCGGAGCAAAUGGCGGUGGUAUUGCGGUAUGUUGGUAAAUGUGGAAGUGCCAUAGAGACAUUAGUUGGCCUUACUCAUGUGAAGGAGACAACUUCCAAGUAUCUCAAGUCUGCCAUUGAUGAUUUAUUUGCAGCAUAUAAAUUAAGUUUCAAGCAAGUUAGAGGGCAAGGAUAUGACGGUGCGAGCAAUAUGCGAGUUGUCAAAGUGCUAGAAUAUGUGGAAGAAGAAGACAGGGAUGACACAAAUAGAAGGCAGCUUAUGUCCACUAUAUUGAUAAUCACAAACACAUUAUCAUUGGCUCUACAACAGAAGAAUCAGGACAUUGUGAAUGCUAUUAAUUGUGUGAAUUCAACCAAAGCCUCCUUGAAUGAUCUAAGGAGAAAUGGAUGGGAAUCUGUCCUACAUGAAGCAUAUGUCUUUUGUGACAAGCAUGACAUUUCCAAGUGGCAAAUGGAAGACCAGUAUGUGAAUCCAAAGAAGCCACGGCAAAAAACAGGUAUCACUAAUAGGCAUCAUUAUGAAGUGGAUUGUUUUAAUGAUGUUAUUGAUUGGCUGCUUCAAGAACUUGAUAAUCGCUUCAAUGAGAAAAAUUCUGAACUACUUGUUUGCUCAGCGGCUUUGAGCCCAAAUGAAUCAUUUCAUGAUUUCAACUUAGAACAUUUGAUGAGUCUAGCUAAACUUUAUCCAAAAGAUUUUGAUGAUGGAGAACUCAGGGACCUUAGGCAUCACCUUCAUCUUUACAUUGCUGAUGUCCGAGCAGAUGAUCGCUUCUCUGGAUUAAGUAAUAUUUUUGAGAGAUCUUUUUCAGCUAUGAGAAUUGUGAAGACAUAUUUGCGCAAUCGUCUUGGUGACGACACCUUGAAGUACGACCUUAUUUGUUAUGUGGAGAAAAGCGAAAUGAGGAAGGUUACUAAUGAUGCGGCAAUCAGGAUCUAG